CCGGCCCGCUCUCUGUCACGGUGCAAGCCCCGCCCCGCAGCAGAGCAGGGGCCGGAGUCCCGUCCUAAGGGAAGGCUCCGUUUCCCCUGCCCGGGUGUCUGUGCAGAGCCCCUGACGCCGGCCUCCCCAUGGCGAGCUGCUUCCGCGGCCCCCUCCCGGGGCGCCGCUCGCUGCCGCUGUUCCUGCUGCUGCUCCGCGUCUCCCUCGCGCAGGAGAGGGCGGUGGCCACGUCCCUGCUGAGCGGCUAUUUCGGGACCAAGUCCCGGUACGAGGAGGUGAAUCAGCACCUGCUGCAGGACCCGCUCUCCCUGGGGCCCCCGGAGCCGGGGUACCUGCUCCCCUCCGCCGCCUGCGCCCCGCUGCAGCUCCGCGCCCUCAUCCGCCACGGCACACGCUUCCCCACCGAGAAGCAGAUCCGCAAGCUGGGCCAGCUGCACCGCCUGCUCCGCAGCCAGGAGCGGCCCUGCGCCGCCGCGCAGCAGUUCGCCCGCUGGGACAUGUGGUACCAGCCAGACAUGGACGGGAAGCUGGCGCCCAAGGGCCGCCUCGACAUGGAGCAGCUGGCCCAGCGUCUGGCCGCCCGCUUCCCGGGCCUCUUCUCCCCGCAGCGCCGCUUCGCCUUCGCCAGCAGCUCCAAGCACCGGUGCGUGGAGAGCAGCGCCGCCUUCCGCAAGGGGCUGCAGCUGGCCCUGCACCGGCCGCCCCCGGCCAGAGAUAUCGAGAAUGAGGAGCCUGAGAUUAAUGACAAAUUAAUGAGGUUCUUUGAUCAUUGUGAGAAGUUUGUAACCUGUGUAGAAGAGAAUGCUACAGCUAUGUACGAAGUGGAUGCCUUCAAACAGGGUCCUGAGAUGAAAAGGGUUUUGGAAAAAAUUGCGGCUACCUUGUGUGUUCCAGUGCGUGAUUUAAAUGCAGAUUUGGUCCAAGUUGCUUUUUUUACCUGUUCAUUCGAGUUAGCUAUUAAAAAUGUGAAUUCUCCCUGGUGCUCACUCUUCAAUGAAGAGGAUGCUCAGGUACUGGAAUACCUGAAUGACCUAAAGCAGUACUGGAAGAGAGGAUAUGGGUACGAUAUCAACAGUCGUUCCAGCUGUAUUUUAUUUCAAGAUAUCUUCAAACACUUGGACAAAGCCAUUGCAGAGAGUAAAAGUUCCAUGCCCAUUUCUUCACCUGUAAUCCUGCAAUUUGGACAUGCAGAGACCCUUCAGCCACUGCUUGCUCUAAUGGGUUUCUUCAAGGAUGAGGAGCCCCUUACUGCUAACAAUUACAAAAAACAAAUGCAUCGGAAGUUUCGUAGUGGUCGCAUUGUGCCUUAUGCCUCAAACCUGAUAUUUGUGCUCUAUCACUGUGACCAAGCUAAGACCCCUGAGGAGGAGUACCAAGUACAGAUACUGUUGAAUGAAAAGCUGCUGCCAUUUCCUCACUCGGAGGAAACUGUCUCUCUGUACACAGAUCUGAAGAACUAUUAUAAGGACAUCCUUCAAAACUGCCACUUCAGUGAAGAAUGUGAAUUAUCAAAAACUAAUAAUACUUCCACUGAUGAACUUUGAGGGAGAAGAAUAGAGCAAAUAUCAUGGAAAUUGAUUUCUGGUAUGCAGUUUGGUAUGUUUGGUGAACAAGUGUUUCUCAUCAGUGUUGUUUUUUUAUUUCCUGCUCAUAUAUUCACAUUCUUAUCUUACAUCUCCAAACUAAUAAUAAAUGCUUAUUCCUAUGUCUUAAUUCAGGGAUUUCUUAAAAGUCUAAGUAUAUAUUGUCUCUAUUGCAUGAGCACAAUUUUGAAAAUAAUUUCUUUAAUUAACCUGGUUGUUGGGAUAAGCAUUUGUUACAAAUAUGAAGAUGCAAGGUAAAGUAUAUUUAUACAUUUAUAUGCAUUAAUAUAUAAUUAUUUAUAUUAUUCCUGGUGUUUGAGCUUGCAUAGUAGAUAGGUUUAGAGGACCAGGGCACUUUAGCUUACCAGAAUGGCACUUAGUGGAACUGAUGGCAUUUCCCUCUGAUCUGUCUCCCUCACUCUAUCCUUCCUUCUGUUUCUUAGUGUUCCUCUGAUGUCACAGGCAUAAAUUGACCCUCUCCUAUUUGCUUACUUUUACAGCUAGAUGUUGGCUGCCAUUCCAGGGUUCAAGAAGGAAAGGGCACAAAGUGCUUUCUCCCCAACCAGUGUCUAGGCAGGAGUCAGCCAUGAUUCUAAUUCCUGCACUCUUCUGAGCAUAGCAGCUUCCUUGGAUAGUGCCCCCAUGGGUAUUAUCCACCCAAAAAGAUGCAGGGGGUUGAAUUUCCAUGGUAUAAAGCCGCCUUCAGCCUACCUGCCAGAGAUAAUUGGUCACUGAGGGAAACGUGUCCUGAAUUUUCUGAAGCCGUGUAGUGGCCAUUGCUCUGGAAGAUGUACCAGUCCUCUGCCAGCCUUAUAGAUCUCCUUCAACUUCAUACUGUUUUUGUUUAACUGUUCAGGUUAAGGCAUACAAAUAUUGCAUGUUUGGCCCCAUUCAGACUGGAUUUCCUCAUCCUCUGACAAGUGGUGGUGAUAUUAUAGUCUUAUAACUAUCAGGCAGAGAUUUUUACUGUUGUUCUGGAACCAAAUGCUAUCAGUGCUAGCCAAAAGCUUGGGCUUUUUUGGGUAUGUCUACUAUGCAACUGGGAGUGUCCUUCCCUGCUUGAGUCGACAGACGUACGGUAGUUCCACUUGAGCUAGCGUGCUAAACAGCAGUGUAGCCAAGAAUAGCUUGGGUGGCAGCUCGGGCCAACCACCUGAGUUCUAACCCACUGGACAUCCUGGGUUCAUACACGUUUGGCUAGCCCAAGCUACCACCUGUGCUGCCUCCAGCUACACUGCUGUUUUUUUCCGUGCAGCUUGAGGAGAGCUGACAUGGUCUGUCUACCUGAGCUAGGAAGCACACUCCCAAGUGCAGUGGAGAUGUACCCCCUACCUAUGUGCCAGCCAAUCCUUCAAACAGGAUUUUUAUUCUAAAAGAAUGGACUACUUGUUCCCUGAGUGCAGUAUUGCUAAUUUUUAAAGAAGAUUGUACCUGUAUUACAGUAGGAUUAUUUGCCUAUGAAAAAUGUGAGAUACUGUAAAGAAAAUUUUAAUGUAAUAUAAAAAAUGCAGCUAAUUACAAAGAAUAAGUCUCUGAAAUAGAAUACAGAUAAUGAAAACAGUCAAAUAGAAACCAUUAUCAUGGUUGUCUCAUUAGGCAGAUCAGAUUGAGAAAUGUCAAGAUCCAUUAGAAACCAAUGAAACUCAAAUAGUUGCGAAUUUCUAAGGAGUAAAAUUCAAAGUGAAACCGCCAUGUUUCACUUAGGUGCUCUUGAAAAUUUUGCUCAUGUAGUCACAAGUCAUAUUGGUUAAUUGAAUGAGUAAGGUCAAAUCAGAUGAUAAAAUAACUUUUUGGAAUAUAAAAUUUGAACUCAAAAUAAUGUUGAAAUCCAUUUGAUUUUAAUACUUUUUAAUGGAACCAUACCUAUAUGUUUAUAGUUUUGAUCUGUUUUACAAGGCUUAGCAUUAUACUGGGCAGUACAGUGGUGUAUUAUAAAUAUGACAAUAUCAAUUAAGGGAUAAUGGUUUGUCCCUAAAUGGAAUUACUAAAAUGGUGGGUAUUUCUAAACAUUUGGAAAAGUAUUCAAUACAUUCUUAGUGAAAUAUUAGUACCUUAGUAAUGCUAAAUCACUGCAGUUAUUUUUUAAGUGAAUCAAGUACUGAUAGGAUGGAUAAGGAACGGCAUUCAUACUAAAGCAAAUGUGGCAAAGAAAUGAACUCUGUCAAUAUUUAUAUGACCUUUUCUGUUUUAUGUCCAUCUUCAUCUCAGCUUUUUCUCUUGCUUGGUCCUAUAUUGAAGCUAUAGUAGUAUAUGACUUCAGUUUACUGUCAUAAUCAUUUUCAUAAUAGUCAUUCUUAUGGGCUUUACUGUAGGAGCAAGUGGGGAGAAAAGCUAUGAAGAAUUAAACUUUUUCUAAACACACCUAGUUUAAAUACAAAGUAAACAGAAGGAGUCAUGAAAAGCCACCCUGAAACAAAUAAUCUUCUAUUUCCAGGAAUGAGUCACCUUGUUUUAAUGAGAAUAUGUUCUGGUUUUGAACCUUAUGGGGUGAAAUGUUGGCCCCACUGAAGUCGAUGGAAGUUUUUUCCACUUCUAGGAGCCAAGAUUUCACCCAUGAAGUUUAUUAAAUGGGCUAAGAUGACAAAACUAGAGUCUAUACACAAACCCAUUGGACAUAAGCCUCCUAUAACUAAAGCAGCUACCUUUCUCAUUCACUUAAAUUUGCUCCAAGAUGGAGGUACUAUUGAGUAGUCCCAUCCACUGUAGUGCAUGGGGGUGUUUUUUGGCAUGCGUAAGGGAAAGCAGAGAGAGGUUCUCUUUUUCAGCGGAGGACAAUUCAGUAGUGUCUGCCAGUGAGUCAAUGUGCUGGGCAGAAAAUCAGUUUGAAUAAUUGAAAUUGUGCAAGUUUGGUUCUGUUGUAUUACGUGUAAGGUGUUUUGGGAAACUGUAGCUUGAGUUAUUUGUUUGGCAUAAUCAAAUGUAUGUUUUUGGAGCUGAUUAUUUCAGACAGAGGAUAUAAUUUUGCAAAUUCUAGUAAAAGGUUACAGAUGCAAAUGCAUAUUUUGAAAAUGUACUACAUGAACAUUGUAACUGCUCCUUAAGAUUUUAACUUGGUUUGGGUUAUUUUAGUGUAACCUAGUAAAUUUAAAAUAAACUUGCUGUAUAUUAAAUGAAAAAGGAAACUAAAAAAGAUGGUAAGCGUGCUCCAUUACAGAGUUGGGCACUAGUCCUGCUAUCAGCAAUGCACAGAUAGACUGCUUUGCCUUGUGGUCAGCUGCAUGAUUGGAACCUUAAUCCCACAGUAUUCACUAUAACUUGAGUAAUCUUUUUCCUUUGGCAAGCUUUCUAAGUUCUGCAUUUGAGACCUUAACUGUGCUGAUGCAAGGUACUCCUUGUUUCUGGACAGAUAUGAGCAAAACUAAUUUACUUUGCCAAGAUUUUACUAUUAAAAAAAAGUAACACUGUAGGUAUGUUUUACUUAUCAGAUGAAGCUUUAAUUUGCAAUCAUUCUGCAAUCAAAAAUACUCUGAGUACAACAUUGGAUCUGUUAUAUUUAAUGCUACUAUUAAAUAUUUGAAACAGUCUUUACUAAGAAUAGUUUGAAGCUAGAGCAAUCUUUCAGGCAUCUUUUAGCUGACCACCUCUUAAUUUUUCAUGAUAAACAGUGAAUCUCAAUGCUGUAAUUCUGACUAACAUAAAGAUGUCCAAUAUUUUUUGCUCUACAUGGUAUAUAUUUGCCAUGGUACUGUAGAUGCUUGGAUGAAAAUAAUUGGCUCUGGCUAAACCUUUUAGUACUAUGAAGUAUGAAAAGUCUCACCCUAUUUGGUAAAUAGAGAUCUAUCUCAGAAGCUCUGUCAGCAACAGUAACUACACGAGGGUCUCUGGCAAGUUCUGCAAUCUCCUGCAAAUACAGUUAGUAACUUCUUUAUUUGAAAUUUGAUAUUUGCAUAAUAACAUUGAUUUCUUUCUCUGGUUAAUGUAAGCCUUGAAGUGGGGGUUGAUGUACAUGACCUAAAUAUUAACCAAUAACUUUAUUUUUCAAUUUCUAUUUUAGAGUGCAUUGUAUUAACUGAUCUUUAUGAGGUCUUAUUUGAAAGGAUAAUAGUAUUCCAAAUUAAAUGUCUAACAGACUAUAUUAAUAUUUCUGAUACACAACUUAAAGGAGUGAAAUGCAAAUUAAAGAAUUAGAAUAAAUAACUAUCAUGACUAGGGCCCUUCCAAAUUCACAGUCCAUUCUGGUCAAUUUCAAAGCCAUAGGAUUUGAAAAUUAGUCAAUUCCAUGUUUUCACAGGUUUACAUUUGAAAUUUCAUGGUGUUGUAACGGGGUGGGGGCCCUGAUCCAAAGGAGAGAUUGUGGAGAGGUUGCAAAGCUGUUGUAAGGGGGUCAUGGGAUUGCCACCCUCACUUCUGGGCUCUGAAGGCAGCACCCCCAGAGCUUCCUGCAGCUGCAGGAGGUUCCUAGAGGUGGAGAUGGGUCUGAUCUUCCCGGUGCUGCUGGCAGUGCCCCAGCCAGGGGCUCCUAGUUGCUAGUUGUGGCCAGGUUGGGGAGGGGCAGGACUUGCUCUUCCUCAGCACAGCCACACUCGGGGCAGAUCAGAUCUGCUUCUAGGUAUCUCCUGCGGCUGCAGGAAGCUCCAGGACUGGGCAGCAGCCCCGGAGCUUCCUGUAGCCACAGGAGGUUGCUGGAAAUUGAGGCGGGUACCAUCCCUGGCUGCAGGGUGCUCCCAGCAGCACCGGGAAGAUCAGUGCUCCCAGCAUCACAGGGUAGGUACCUGGAGGUGGGUCUGAUUUCCCCCACCCCUGCCCUUGAGUGUGGCCCUGCAGGGGAAGAGCAAGUCUUGCCUCCCCAACCUGGCCAGAACUAGCAGCUAGGAGCCCCUGGCUGGAGUGCUCUCAGCAGCACAGGGGAGAUCAGCCCCACCUCCAUCAACUUUCUACAGCUGCCCAGUCCUGGAGCUUCCUGCAGCUGGGGUAGGUACCCAGAGGUGGGUCUCAUUUCCCCGCCCCCCGCCUUCCCCAAGCGGCUGUGCAGGGGAAGAGCAAGUCCUGUUCCUGUUUUAUGCUGGAGCCGGAGGCCUGGCAGGAGCCCCGGGCUUGGGAACUCCCAGCUGUUCUUCCCCCCCCCGCCCCUUGCCUCCAAUAGCUAGAUUUCACAGGAGAGGUCUGAUUGCGUGGUCCGUGACAUGUUUUUCACAGCUGUGAAUUUGGUAUGGCCCUAAUCAUGACAGAAGCCAGUCUCUUAAAAUAAUUACAAUAAUGUCUUAAGGAAAAAUGAGUAGUUUUCUUGCUCUUGUCAUUUGUAUUCCCAGAAAUUUGACACUUAACAUCUGUGUUUGUAUAGCACUUAACACAGUGGAGUCUUGCUCCAUGACUAAGGCUCCUAGGCACUAUGGAAAUAUAAAUAUUGUGAGAAAUAUUUUUCUUCAGUAGACUUAAACCCUGAACAUGUGUAUCGUCUCACUGUAAAUAAACAUGCUAUUUCUAUUCCAUUAAAGUUUAAUUUCCUUUUGUUUU